CAUUGUAGUAGCGCCAGGCGCGGAAACGUGAGUGCUAAAACACAGUGAUCGUACUAGUCCAAAACAUCUUUUAUAUUUUUCUACUUUUAUAUCUAAUUGUAUAGUUUCGUUAUUUUUAUUACUUAGAAGUUUAUAUUUUCUCAUCGUUUUAUACGCUUCUGAUUUGUAUAUUGGCUAUAAGAAACUCACAAGAACUGAACAAAAGUGAGUGCAUCCUAGUACAUACUCAUACAUUACAAACACAAAAUUACACGUACCUUAAUUUCACAAAGAAACGGAAUAGAAGCAAACAUAACUUACCCUUAAAAACAAAAGAAAUCAAUGUGUUUAUAAAUUUUCCCAACGAAGAACCCACUACAUCUACACAUUCUCAAAAUGCAUAUUGAAGUGCAAGUAGCUCUAAAUUUUGUAAUUUCGUACCUGUACAACAAACUCCCGAGGAGGCGAGUAAAUAUAUUCGGCGAAGAGUUGGAAAAAGCCUUAAAAGAGAAAUUCCAGGGCCACUGGUAUCCAGACAAGCCGUACAAAGGCUCCGCUUUCAGAUGCCUAAAGACAGGUGACCCAAUCGACAAAGUUCUAGAGAGGGCAGCCAGAGAAAGUGGUGUUCCCAUCACCGAUAUCUUGGAAAACCUUCCCCAAGAAUUGGCAGUUUGGGUUGAUCCCGGUGAAGUUAGCUACCGCAUUGGAGAAAAGGGAGCUGUCAAAAUCCUAUUUAGCGACAAAGGUGACCCACAAGACGAGCAUUCCGCAGACCGAGAAGUCACCAAAACUUUCAACCCCGAAGCUCAGUGCUUCCGACCCAUCGAGUGCGUCACAUCAAGCAUGAAUAACUUGAGCAUUUCUCCCAAAACGCUUACUCCGUUCACGGCCAAUCCUCCGCAAAACAACCCUGUGGGAGCGCAACUACACCAACAGAUACCGAUUUCACAGCAUAACGGAAACCACGGAAACCAGGCCCCGCCCAAUAACCACAUCAAUCAAUUGUCGCCACCUUCCUUAGCACCAUCACCAACUUUGAACACCUCUUACAAAGGCUCGCCAUCGCCCGUACCGGCAUUCAUACCCAGAACUACUACGCCCUUAACCUUCACUACGGCUACCUUUGCUCAAACGAAAUUUGGUAGCACUAAGUUGAAAACAAGCAGCAAAAGAGCUAAUAGAAUGUCUCCCACCGAAUUCUCAAACUACAUCAAGCAAAGAGCAAUGCAACAACAACUCCAUCAACAAGCCCCGCACCACUCCCCAGCAGGUCGCGCACUGUCCCCCGACCCAUCCACAUAUUAUUUCCCUCACGGCCACUAUCCCCCGCAAUUCCCCCCUAGAUCCGUGUUUGAGUCUUCCAACCAAUUUUUGAGUCCCGACGUUUAUUCCGGCAAGCUGCCGUUCGAGCACUCAACACCCUUGGGACCAUAUUAUCCCAACAACGGACAGGUAGGGGCACCACCGUCAGCUCCCACCACUCCCCAGGACAAUGGGAAACUGGACAACUGGCCCUAUCCCACCGCUGGGCAGUACCAGCAUCUGCUCGUUGCUAACUGAGGAGCUUCAUAGGCGCGGGAUCUUUUUCUGUCUGAUAGAAGUAUUUGUUUGAGGGGUCUUUAAGGUUUAAAAGGUGCUGUAUAAUUAAAUAAUAAAUGUCUAGUUCUCCACGUGAAAUGAUAUUUUUGAAAUAAAUCUAUAGAUUACGUAUAUAUACUUAUCAGAACAUGUUAGUAUUAUCUUUAUUUUGUUCACGUGUUGAAUAGGUGUUCCAUUUUAUAUUAGGCUAAUAAUAUCUACACGUACUCUUACUAAGCAAUUUAUCUGUUGGUCGUCGCAAUCAUAAACUGUUUUUAUAAUAAGCGGACAAUCUGAGAAUAUUAUCACAGUAAUUCGAGAAGUCCUAAAGUGAAUUACCCAGUUACGAAUGUGUUUAAUCAAAAAAAAGAUAUUUUACAUGUUUUUUGUUAAUUUUCAAAUUGUACAGGUAGGGCAUUGGUCUAACCAGUAUGUGAUCUCUAAAAAUCAAAUGUUGUAAACAGAUUAUAUCACAACAUCUUUGAAGUUACUCAGUAACCAAUAACUGAUAUUAUAUAUAUGGUCCUUUGAGCCGGAUCAUAAAAAAAAAACCUAAUCAAGAACGUUAUGAGUUAAGCAUCCUUACAUCAUAAUUUUAAAGUUUCAUACUUCAAUAACUAAACGUAUUCUUAGUUUUCUAGUUAUGUAAUUGUAUUUAUAUUUAAAACGUAAAAUAUCCUUUUAGAGAUUAAACAGGCAGUGUAUGUCACCUUUUGUAACAAAAACGUGCACUCCAAUCACGUGCACCAAAAAAAAUUUAAUACUUCUUACUUAAACCUCAUACUACAACCCCCAAACUACGCUUUGCUUUUCCUUACUACUGUAUUUUUGAUAUUUGUGUGAUAAUGAUAAUAUAGUAAAAACACAAAAUCAUUAUUUGAUAAAACUAAAACAAAUGGGUUAUGUAAAAUAAAUGAUAAAAUGACUAGUACCUUCACUUGAGCCCAUGAUAUUGUCUCUAGAGUAAUACUGUGUGUAUCGUUUUACCGAUGUGUGCAAUAUUUAUAUAUGUUUUUAUGGAUUAGUAGUUAAUGAUAAAUAUGUAGAAAAUUUUGUUAAUGUUGGUAGAUGAUUUAUUGUAAAAACACGUAGAUUGUUCGAACGACGAGAACUUCACGACACGGAUUCAAUCUAAUCAGCAAUUUUUACAUUUUUUUACAAUUUGAAUAUUUGAACAGCAAAUCUACAAUAGUUAAAUGAAGAAUAAUUAUCAAACUAUCAUUAUUCAUAAUGAGAAGCAUAGGGCUUUUCAUCGAUUGUCAUUUGUUUCGAGCUUCUGUCACAUGUUGUAUAAUCUGUGUAUAACAUUAAUAUACACGGAUUAUAAAUGACAUAUGACAGAAGCUCGAAACAAAUGACUGUGAAUGAAAAGUCCUAUUGAAAAGCCUUAUUAGCAUUAUGUCAAUAAAACUUCACGUCAUAACGUCAGUUGGUAUAGGGCUUUUCAUUCACAGUCAUUUGUUUCGAGCUUCUGUCAUGUGUCGUCUAAUAUUAAUAUAUCUACGUCAUACGUUAUUGGUAUUGCCAAUGAUACAAAAUAAAGACGUAUGACGUAGAUAUAUUAAUAUUAUGUGACACAUGACAGAAGCUCGAAACAAACGACAAUCGAUGAAAAGCCCUAUUAACAAGCACUUGGCAGUAACAUAUAAACAAACUGGACAUUAAGUCAUAAAAACUUCCUCAUUUCGUGCUAUAAUAUGAACAAAAACUAUUAACAAUGUCAAUAAAACUUGACAUCCGGUCACAAAAAUGUCGCCAUUUACUGCUAGAUCAACAAAACAGUCAACAUUAUUAUUAAAACAACCAUUAUUCAGUAUUCUACCAGGAAAACAGUAUAUACCUAUAGCACUUUUCUAAACGAACAAAAGUGGAACAUUUGAUUGACACUUGAUCGUAACAUUAUCACUUUAUAGUGAAAUCACAAAAUAUCUGAUUUAGUAUGUUGACAUAUGACAUAUAUCAACAAAACUGGCUAUUCGGUUAUAAAACAGUUAUAAACCAAAACUGGUCAUAUGGUCAUGAAAGUGUUAUUAUUAUGUAAUAUACUAACAAAAAACAGCAUUAUAUUAUAACAUUACCACUGACUAUUGAUGCUACGUGAAUAACCGAACAUUUUAUGAUAAAAUAACUACUAGUAAGUGAUCUGUAAAAGUCAAAGAUUUAUUUAUAAAAAGUCACAAUCAAUGGUAUAGCUACAUAACUGGUCAUAAACUAUUAUUACGUGCUAUAUCAACAACCACAGGAUAUUAUAUCAUAGCAGUUCCACUCACCAGUACUGUCAAUAAAAAUUGACAUUUGGUGAUAAAAAAUGUCAAAUGUGAUGAUAUUUUAACACUUAAUGAAAUAGGUAGGGAACCAUAGAAACUUUCUAUUCAAAUUGGUCUGUAGGUUUGUCAAAGAUGGAGAAGAUACCAAAAAUGGCCUAAAUAAAUAUACAUAGACCCGUAAAUGUGAAACAAAAUGUGUAAAAUUGCUUUUUAGAUCCAACUUUUUACUUCGUUACUAUAGUUUUAAUUAAAGUUCCUAUUUCUUUAAAAAAAAGUAAUUAUUUCACACAGCUAACAUAACUAAGGGAUGGAUUAGAUAUAAAACCUGUAUAUAUUAAUAGUUUAAGAAUGUCGAUAUUGGGAUGUACCUUCCAUGUUUAUGGAUUAGUUAGGAUCUCUCUAAUGAUAAAUAAUUUGUACAUAUUUGUAUAAUUUAUAUUUUUUGUACCGACGUCUUAACUAUAGUUUUAACUAUAGUCACUUUUCUAUUUUUGAUACUGCAUUAUGCAUAAUAUUAAGUGGAUUAUUGCGUUCUAUCCUGGACGAAAACCGGGUAAUGCUUUUUUAUAAAUAGUUAUUUUUUUAAUUGACGCUGUUCCGCCUAAAAAUCUAAACCCAGUGGGUAUUCAACCACACGAAACGUCAUCAGGCCGUUGGCUAUCAUUUACCAAAUUGUUCUGUAUUACACAGAAAAAGAUAUUCUAUAUUGUAACAUUUUUAGACGGAACGAGACAGUAAACAAUAAUUAACAGUAACUUUUAAAGGACAAUUUUAUAAAAACCGCAAGUAUCUGAAAUAUGCAUAUACAUAAAGUAAAUGUUUUCUAAUAGAAAGAGUCAUUAUUAAACAAUUCAAGUUUCUCGUUUUUCCUAGUUUUCUAUUUCCUCGUUUCUAAGUACUUUUUUUUCAUUUUCACAUUUUUCGUCAUCUUUCCUUUAUUUCGCUGUACCUAUAUGCUCCUUUCUGUUUUAUUUGCUUCUUUUCUGCUUUAUAUGGAUAAUUUUUUGUAUUACCCUUUCUUUUUUCUUGAUUUCUUUCUUCUUUUCUCUCUUUUUGCGUUUUUUCUAUAUUUUUCUUCGGUUCGGCUUCUUUUUCCUUCUUUUUUCUUCUUAAGGUUUAUAACAAACCAUUAGAAAUAGAUGAGCUAAACCUAUGGAAUACCAAGAAGAUAAUAAGAGAUUUGGGACAACCUAUAUAUGCCUAGGAAGAAGAAGAAUCCUUCUCUACUGGCGUCAAACCAUAUCUUGAGACAUUCAAGAAUGAAUUAAAUUUGAAUAUCUACAAUAAUUUCCAUCAUUUGUAAAAUAAUUUAAAAGCUUGUAGCGACUUUAUUAAAGAAAUUAGACAUAUCAAACAUCACAUUUUACAUCAAAUGUUACAUUUCAUGUCAAAUGUCAUAUUUCACGUAAAUUUAUGUGAUAUUUUGACCAGAAAUGUGACAUUUGAUGUGAUUCACGUCAAAUGUCAGAUGUCACAUAAAUUGAUGCAAUAUGUGGACGAGAAAUAUGCAUUGACAAUGACAUAUUAAGCGUAGACUCAGCAUACUCCUCAAAAAAGCGUAUCGCGGAAACAGCAUGGAAACAGUCGAUCGGUGGUCUAUCUAUCUCUUUUAACCAAACGAUCCCGCGCAUGUGACUGACAAAGAUGGCUAGACCACUCAAUCCUAUGUCGACGUUACACCCCGAUGCAUUGAGUGGCAUAUCCCUAGCCAAGUCUAUCCUCUUAACAUGUCUCUGGAAAUAUGACCAUUUGGCGUUAAAUUGGAAAUUUUACAAAGAACAAUUUCAGUGAUAUGCAGUUCAAACGUUACCUUGAAAAGAUAAAGAAGGCAUAUUAGUAAUUAGCGUUUUAUGAAAAUUUGCAUAGGAAAAUACAUGGAUGUGGAACCUUGAUGACCUAAAUCAUCACAAUCACGAAAUAAUAUUAAGCUUCUUUAAAGAAAAAGGAACUGAAGAGCUUUAACUACCGAGAAAUAUGAAAUCCAAAACUCCAAAGCUCAUGUCUUUCAUUGUACUUUUAUCUAUAUUUUAUUGUAUUUAUCUUUGUAUUCUCUGCGUGGUUUUGUGUGUAAGAUUUUGACAUUUUUAUUUAGAUAUUUUGGAUAUUUGGUGGAUUUUUAUGCAAAUGUUGUAUUAAAAGUUUUAGAAUAACGUUUAUUUGCAGAAGAACGCACUGUAUAGAUAUAUUCGCACGUUCUACAUCAUAUGUAUUAUUCCAGACAACUCCAUCGCUAUUUAUUCAAGUAAUGGUUUUAAAACGAAUCUUAGAAAUAAAAAUACGCGUAAGGAAAAGUAAAAUCCAAUGUUACUAGUGGACUAUCAGAGUUUUACCUUAUAUAUUAUAAGAAAUAGAAAGAGAUUCCCAAUGAAAAUUUGAGAAAGAUUUUUAUAAAUCGUAGUCAUAUAGAUUAUAGGUGUUUCUUACUUCAUAAAAAUGGUGUUUACAGUAUUCUUACAGUAGACUAGAGUGUUUCCUAAAUUUUUUAUAUUGUAUGUAUUUUUUUAUUUUUGUAUGAAAAGCUCAAGCUGUCAUCUAGUCCCAUGUUAAAUGUUUUAAUAAGUGUUUGGCAUAUCAAGACGGAACCUAAAAUACCAAAAAAUACCUAAUGUUAGUUUGAAACCCGUUUACACAAAGUGGCCAGCCUGCAUGAGGUAGUUCUUCCAUUAUUGCGCAAUAAAAUGAUCUGUCUUAGAAGUACUGACUUUGUGAUAUUCCAUAUUAAUAGUACAUUUUUUAAAAUGGAUGUAGUAGAUACAAAAAAACGAUUAGACUUGUAGGGUAGUCGGCAAGACACACUCACUAAAGCCAACCAUAAUUUUACCACUCGCGAACAUCCAUCUUGAAUUUUUUAACGUAUUACUAGAUGGUUCUGCACUAGUCACAAACAAUAUUAACUAUAAACGUGUAAAUACAAUAUGUAUCCGUUAUAGCCUUAUCAAUUUUUCCUAUCUUUUCCAUAUUCCUAAUUUCCAGCUACUCCCUCUUUAGGUUUACUUCUUGAUCUUUUGCCACAUUCAUGGGCUCGCUCAUUUAUAUUUUUAUUUUCCUUUGUUGCUGUAAGGGUGGUUGCCUAUAAAAUGCAUCUUUUGAGGCUUGUCCAUUCCAUAUACGCCACAAAAAUAGGAUUCCAUCCUAUUUGUAGCCUAUAUUAUUCAUUCAUGUUUACUCUUUUUUCACCCUAUUACAAGUUACUGAUGUGAUAUUGACCUCAUUGGUAUUGCGUUGGCUGUAAACUUUGAAUAUUGUACACAACUUUAUCCUGUCAAUAUUUGACAGAAGUCACUGUCACUGUCAAGUUAUUCCCCUAUUGUUUUUGUUUGGAUCAUAUAUAAUUUUAUGUUGAUUAAAACCUUAUUAUAUAGGUUUUUCUUUCUUAUUUCCUUUACUUAAAGACUCUUAUUUUGGAUUUUGAAAUACUAAAUGACAUCUUUUAAAUCGCUUAAAAUUAUUUAGAAGCUAUAUUCCACUUUCAUCAAUUAUUAAAUUCAAUAACAGGAUGUUGUUCUGAAGUUAUUUCCUUGUGGUAUUUUUAUAAUGAACUAUUUUAAAUGGGAAAUAAGCCACAAUUUUAUAUUAAAUAAUAGAUUAAAUAAAGUAUUAGAAGAUUUUUUUACUAAGCAACAACAUUUUUGUUUAUUUAGUAUUAUUUUGUAUUUUGACAACGACACCCGACUUGGGCGUCGGAAAGUUAAUAAAUUAAUUUUUUUGGUAAAAUUGUGGCUUAUUUCCCAUUUAAAAUAGUUCAAUAACAGGAGUACCUAAAAGUGAUAAAUUUUUCAACGUUGACAUCAAAUUCAGCAAUUUUAAUCUAUCUUAGCUAUCGAAACCUCACCUUUAGCCUGUUGACCUAACCUCAACAAUGUUUUCGAAAAAAGUAAUUUUUUUAUUUAAGCUUUUUGAUAUAUAAAUAUAUAAAUAAUAAGUUAAACAAGACUAGAACAUACCAGGAUUGUCUUUCUAGAAAUAUGUUUAAAUAAAUUCACAAUUUUAAGCAAUUGCAAACCGUCCUUUGGUAAUCUUAUAUAUCAGCACUACUUGUUUCUCAAUACUAGCAAUGUAGAUACUUCUUUUAAUCCUUUUUGAUACAUAUAAAAGGCCAUACACAAUAUUUUAUAAUAAGACGUCUUGCUGACUAGCCUUUGUAGUAGUAGCUAGCAAUUUUGUGUGGACGUGGCUUCUUUUUGAAUAAAUGUUCAGUAUUGCAUGCUGAGGUAACCCGAUGGGUUCUAGAUGCUUCCUUUUCUCAAAUUAAGGAGAUAUGUGCUAUUUUUUACUGCUUGAUUUUUGUUACUUUUUCACUGAUGUUUAUUUUUUAUUUGUAUAAAAUUGUUGACUUAAUAUAAUAUAUAUUUUGUUAUGA